AUGGAGUCCGAGUUUGGCGCCUCGCCCCCGAGCAAGCCCACGCCGCACGUCGACGCACUCGGCCUCUGGUGGGCAUGCUGGACCUGUCUCUGGACCGCCGUUCUCGCGAGCGGCAUGGCGUUUCUCAUCCGCAAGCGGCGCACGCCCAUGAUGCGCAUGCGCGGCCUCGGCCUCUCCCUGACGGCCAUCACGCUGCUGCACCUCUACUGGAUCAGCGGGCAGCUCGUCUACCUGUUUGGCGCCAUGGCGCCCGCCGACGCCGAGUACUGGGUCAUGGGCACCUACUUUCCCUUUUGCAUCGCCCUGUUCCACGCCUCCAACGCGCGCUUCCUGCACGUCGCCAAGCGCCAGCAGCAGUUUGCGCCAAUGGAGAAGAGCGCGGCCGGGCUCAAGCCGCCGCUGCCGCCGCCGCCAAAGGCUAGCGGCGCCGGGCUCGUCGGCAGGUUCAGACGCCUCGACUACACGGCCAAGAUGGUGGUGCUCGUGGCCAGCGGUAUGCUCUUCCAGCUGUUCCUGACCGUCUUGAUGUACUCCAUCUCGCGCAAGUUUCACGCCUCGUUUGGCAUCCCCGGCACGCACGUCGAAGGCACCGAGGAGGACCGCAACGCGGCCAUGGGUCGCGGGUGGGAGUGGUGGCCGACGUGCCUCUGGCAGCUCGUCUGGGCGUGGGUGAUUGCGCCCGUGAUCCUGUGGAAGUCGCGCAACAUCAAGGACACGCACGGCUGGCGGCUCCAGACCAUUGGCUGCACGCUUGCAAACCUGCACGCGACGCCCAUGUGGAUGAUUGCGCUCUACGUUCCCGCCAUGGAGGGCGUGAACCAGUACUUUCUCCCGCCGCAAUGGAUCUGCCUGUCCAUCUUCCUGAUGGAGAUCUUCACCGUCUUCGUGCCCUGCUGGGAGGUGCUGCGGUACCAGAGCCUGCAGAAGGAGACGCUCGACUCCAUUGCGCAGUGGGAGUCCAAGAAGCGCGCCGGCGUGUCCAAGGACGGCAAGUCGUUGCUCUCGUCCGGCGACAGCAGCACCGUCGUCGACUCGGUCCUCAGCGGCAAGCGGUCGGCCGUCAGCUCCGUCGCGUCGCGCUCGAGCGAGAGCAUCAUGAGCAUGAGCGCGCUCGAGUACGUGCUCGAGCGCAACCCGGCGCCGCUGCAGCACUACUCGGCGCUGCGCGACUUUUCCGGCGAGAACAUUGCCUUUCUCACGAGCGUGUCCGAGUGGCGAAACUCGUUCCCGCGCUCCGUCCGCACCGCGGCGCAGUACCCGCACGGCGACGACGCCCACCUGCGCGCGCUCGUGCUCGAGCGCUUCCACCGCGCCCUGCGCAUCUACGCCCAGUUUGUGAGCGUCCGCGACGCCCCGUUCCCCAUCAACAUCUCGUCGCCGCAGCAAAAGGCGCUCGAGGCCGUGUUUGAGGGCCCCACGCGCCUGCUGUACGGGGAGAAGCGCGUGCCGGGCGUCGCCGACUGGGACUCGGCGUCGGAGCCGCCGGCGUCGGCGACGGGCUCGGCGUCGGAGACGGGCUCCGCUGAGGACCGCGUGCAGUACUGGGGCGAGGUCCCGGACGGGUUUAACGAGACCAUCUUUGACGACGCGGAGAAGAGCAUCAAGUACCUGGUCCUGACAAACACGUGGCCAAAGUUUGUGCGGGAACGACGGGCAUCUAAUCCUUCCGAUGAAGACGCGGAAACGGGCGGCGUCAUGCGGGUGGUUCGAGAUGGCCAAAGCCGGCAGUAA